AUGUCUUCCGACGAACCUCCAACGCUCCGCCGGCUCGGCCCCAUGGAACUAUACUCCUCUUCACGCCACAACCUCGGCAUCUACCUCGCCGUCACCGUUUCUGCGCGGUACUCACCCCUCCCCUCCUCACGGCUUCUCCCCGCGCUCGCCUCCGUCGUCCGCGCGCAUCCCAUGUUGCGCGUCGGCAUCACCGGCGAGGCCACCAAUUCCGCGCACUUCACGCACCUCCGCCGCAUCAACCUCCACGACCACGUCGUCAACCUCUCGGUACAGUGCGCGUCAGAAGCGGCUCUGAACCACGAGGUCGCGAGGAUUCAGGCCCAGGAACAUAAUGUUCGCUGGGAGGACACUGCUACGAAAGGCCCGUGGAGGGUGACAGUAAUACGCGACGACGGGAGGGAUUGCGCAGAUGUGAUUUUUGCAUUUCAUCAUUCGCUGCUGGAUGGGACGAGUGGGCGCAAGUUCCAUGAGUAUCUGCUUGCGGCGCUGGAGACGGCGACUGACGACGGGAAGUACAUCCUCGAGUUCCCAGAUCCGCCACCGCUGCCACCGCCGCAGGAGGAAGCAGUGCCGUUUACCCUCGGGCCGCUGUACAUUGCCUCGACCCUCUGGAGUGAAUUCGCACCCGCGCUCCUCAAGCCGGCGCCUCAGGCUGUAUGGGCUGGCCAGCAGGUCUCCUUUGCAAUGCCGUACAUCACGCGCAUCCGGCCCGUCGACAUCCCCCCUGAACAAACCAAAUCCCUCCUCGCCGCGUGUCGGCAGCACAAGACCACGCUCACAGGUCUCCUCCAUGCGCUCGCCUUUGCCUACUUCACCUCGAUCCUACCAGACGACAUCCCCGGCUUCAACUGCGCCACACCGAUAGGUCUGCGCAACCACGCCCGCGACGACAUUGAUACCCUGCGCGUGCUCAUCUGCUCCAUGAACCACGCCUUCUCCGGCGCCUCCAUCACCGCCAUGCGCGCGGCGCUCACCUCCGAUACGUUGACAGCCACCAUCUGGACCACCGCGCGGCGCAUCCGCGAAGAAAUCGCCGCCCGCAGCGCCAACAUCACGCACAACAACAUCAUGGCCCUGAUGCGGCACGUCAGCGACUGGACGCGCUUCCACACGAGUCGCGACAAGCAGCCGCGGUCCAACUCGUGGGAGUGCAGCAACGUCGGUGCGCUGGCGGCGCAGGACACAUCUGUAAAAGUGAGCAGGGUGCUGUUCUCGAAUGGUGCCAUGGUGACCGGCGCGGCGGUCGGCAUGAAUGUGGCGUCGGCGCCGGACGGACACCUGACGAUUGGGCUGUCGUGGCAGGAGGGCAUCGUGGAGGAUGGCAUGGUGGAGGCCGUAUUAGACGCCGAGCUCGACGUCUACUUCAGCGGGUACAAAUUCGUCAAUGGCAGCCGCAACGUUGACUGGAGAGCGGGCUACCGCAGUACAGGCAAGGGGGAGGGGCUCGCAGCUUUCAUGGUUUGCAAAUCUAUUCCAUCAUUGAAACUCCGAAUGCUUUUCAUCGGCGCUGUCAUGUCCACGGGAGCCAUCGGCGACGAAGUGGUAGACGCCGCCCGACCUGGAGGAGACCAACGACAGGCGCCGCGCCCGUGGCUAGUACGAAGCACCAAAGAGUGCACGUUCAACUACAGAUGGCACGUUCGGUGCAGCCUUUAUCGCAAGAAAUACACAGACAGAUGUGAAGAGACUGUCGCGCUUCUGCAGAAGCUUGGUUUUCCAGGUCUAGUAUUCCAUUGCCGUUCCUGA